GGCACCUCGAGAUGGUCUUAGAGAAGCCCUCUUGCCGUCCCAUCGGAGAGCAAACUGCCUGUGAGUUUUCAACCAUUACAGCUGUGAUGAUGAAACAGUGAAGAAGAACCGCCUCUAGUCAAAAAGUGCACCCAGAGAUAAGGUUCAUUUUCAAUGCCCUGCGGCGGCGUCUGCUGGCAUGGCCACUGCACUUCUCAGGCCAGGCACAUUUAGCAUCUGCCCUGUGCCUGAUACUGUGCUAGGUGCUGGGGCUGCAACCACGGGCACAAACAGGAUGGAGAAGGUGCUGGCACUCUGCUAUUGAGUACGGUCAUCGGAAACUAGAGGAUCGCCAGAGACAGGAUAUGAUCAUCAUGGCACCCGCAUUACUGAUUCUUUUGGGGGCCACAGUGAUACUACAGGUAGAUUUACUUCCUGAUAAAAAAUUUGUACUUCUCCCACCUGUCAAUUUCACCAUUAAAGUUACUGGUUUAGCUCAAGUUCUUUUACGUUGGGAACCAAAUCCUGAUCAAGAGCAAAGGAAUGUUAAGCUGGGAUAUCGUGUGAAAAUAAAUGCUCCACAAGAGGAAGACUAUGAAACCAGGAACACUGAAAGCAAACGUGUAACCAUCCUUCAUAAAGGCUUUUCAGCAAGUGUGCAGACCAUCCCGUGGAGUGACCCCUCCCCCGCAGCAAGCAGCUGGGUGUCUGCUGAUCUUAAAGCCCCACCAGGUUCUCCUGGAACCUCAAUUGUGAAUUUAACUUGCAUCACAAACACUGCAGCAAAUAAUUAUACACAUUUAAGGCCAUACCAAGUUUCUCUUCACUGCACCUGGCUUGUUGGCAAGGAUGCCCCUGAGGAUACACAGUAUUUCCUCUACUAUAGGUAUGGCUCUUGGACCGAAGAAUGCCAAGAAUACGGCAAAGACACACUGAAGAGAAAUAUUGCAUGCUGGUUCCCAAGGACUUUUAUCAAUAGCAAAGGGCGUGACUCACUUGCAGUGCAUGUUAAUGGCUCAAGCCAGCAUGCUGUGAUCAAGCCAUUUGAUCAGCUGUUUGCUCUUCAUGCAAUUGAUCGAGUAAAUCCUCCAGUAAACAUCACAGUGGAGAUUGAAGGAACCUCUCUCUCUAUCCAAUGGGAGAAACCAGUUUCUGCCUUUCCAGUCCAUUGCUUUGAUUAUGAAGUGAAAAUUUACAACACAAGGAAGGGUUAUUUUCAGACAGAAAAAAUGACGGCCAAUGCAUUCAUCUCAGUAAUUGAUGAUAUUUCUAAGUAUUCCAUUCAAGUGAGGGCAGCAGUUCGCUCUGUGUGCAGAGCGAUGGGGCCCUGGAGCGAGUGGAGUCAGCCUAUUUAUGUGGGAAAUGAUGAACAGAAGCCCUGGACAGAAUGGUUUCUUAUUGUGCUUAUAGCAACCAUCUGCUUCCUCUUGUUAAUUUUCUCACUCAUCUGUAGAAAAUGUCACUUAUGGACCAAAUUGUUUCCACCAGUUCCAGCACCAAAAAGUAAUGUUCAAGAUUUCUUUGUAACCACCCACUAUGAGAAAACUGGUUCCAAUGAAACAGAAAUUGAAGUCAUAAGUUAUGUGGAAGAGCCUGGAUUUGAGACCCUAGAAGAUUCCGUGUUUUGA